AAAUAACGAAAAAAAAUAGUGACGUUCUCCUCGACAAGAUUCUCCAUAAUUUUUGAUAAAUAUCAUUUUUUUUAAAUCGUGUUCGAAAUUUACGAUUCUAAAUUUGUAUCCUUUCAUUUUUUUGUAAACCGUAAAAUCACCCAAAUUUAUGAAAAAAUGUAACAAAUAUUUUUUAAUAGACCUGUGUUUUUCUGGAGGGGGAGAAGUUUAGUUAUUUCGAUGAAAAUGAGCCGUUUUAAAAUGUUUUCUGUGUGUUUGUUCUAUUUGUUUCUAAUACAGAAUAUUAUUGCUACGGACACUGCAACAAGUCAAUUUGAAAAUGCGAUGGAUUUGAAUCAAACGUCAGGAUAUUGUUCCCCAUACAUGGGAAAGGUGUGUCGUAAUUAUGUAAAUAGCGUACGAUUCGUAUGGUUUAACUUAACGAAAGAUACGACUGGCGGCUGGUUAAAUGAACAAAUAACGGCUGGUUUAUGGACCGAAUUAAUUGAAACAUUAAAAGAGCCAUGUCGUAGUGCUGCCGAAAAACUUUUAUGUACAUAUGCUUUUCCACAUUGUAUUAUCAAGGAGGGCGGUUAUUCCAGAGCGUUGCCAUUGUGUUACGAGGAUUGUAUUGCAGUUAAACAACAGUUCUGUGCGAACGAGUGGGCUGUCAUCGAGGACAACAAACAGCGAGGUAUCUUUUUUAAAUCGCGCGGUCAUUUCCAACUGCCCGAUUGUGAUAGUUUACCUCGUUUUAAUCCAAACAGUAGUGUGUCUACCUGUUCGCAUGCUAAGCUCACUGAAAUGAAAUUGGAUGAAGUCACUGAGGAUUGUGUUCGAGAUCGUGGACGAUUCUAUCAAGGUAAAGUGAACGUGACUAAAUAUAAACUACCAUGCCAAAAGUGGGAUUCACAAGAACCGCAUUCACAUGAUCGUCCUCCAGCUGUUUUCCCAGAAGUACAAAAUGCUGAGAACUAUUGUCGUAACGCGGGCGGGGAAGAGCCAGUCCCAUGGUGCUACACCAUGGAUCCAAAUGUACGUUGGCAACACUGUGACAUACCGCUUUGUGAUAAUAUUACGAGCGCGGAUUCAACGGGUACUGAAUUUCGGGACAUUGUACACAUGGAAACCUUGUUCACACCUGCGUUUGUGAUGGCACUAGCUGGAGCUGGAUUCGCUUUCAUCGUUAUUACGUUGUUAUUAGCGUUAAUGUGCCAUCGAUUGUACAAACAUCGUUUAGCCGCAGGUUAUGGACCAACGGCAACAAAUGAUAACCAUCGACAAGUGAAUAUCGAUCUCGAUAAGCUACCUAGCAACAUGGCCUAUCAUAGUACAGGAGCUCAACUGAAUCCACUGUUAGAGAAACUUGAAUUUCCACGGAAUAAUAUCAUUUAUAUACGGGAUCUGGGUCAGGGCGCGUUUGGACGAGUUUUCCAAGCAAAAGCACCUGGAUUAAUAGCUGGUGAAGAAUUCACUCUAGUUGCGGUGAAAAUGUUAAAAGAUGAAGCGUCCCAAGACUUGCAAGUUGACUUUGAACGUGAAGCCUGUCUAUUAGCUGAAUUCGAUCAUCCUAAUAUUGUUAAGUUGCUAGGCGUGUGUGCCGUGGGACGUCCCAUGUGUUUGUUGUUCGAGUACAUGGGUCGUGGUGAUUUGAAUGAGUUCUUAAGGACUUGUUCGCCAAAUAAUUACGUAUUACGUGCUGGAGGGAUGGUGCUAAACGAUGGCUCAGAUGUGUGGCGUGAUGUUCGAUUGACACAUCGCGAUCAAUUGAGUGUUGCUCAACAAGUGGCUGCUGGAAUGGUUUACUUAUCAGAUCGAAAAUUUGUUCAUAGGGAUUUGGCAACCAGAAAUUGUUUGAUUGAUGACAACAUGAUUGUUAAAAUUGCUGAUUUUGGAUUAUCCCAAAAAAUUUAUUUACAGGAUUACUAUAAAGGAGAUGAACAGGAUGCGAUACCAGUUCGUUGGAUGCCCUUGGAAAGUAUUUUAUACAACAAGUAUACAAUCGAAUCAGACGUUUGGGCUUUUGCCGUAUGUUUAUGGGAGAUAUUCUCAUUUGCACUUCAACCAUACUAUGGGAUGACGCACGAAGAGGUUGUGAAGUUCGUGAAGGAAGGCAACAUGUUAGCGUGUCCAGACAACACACCAUCAUCCGUCUACAAGUUAAUGCAAAGAUGUUGGGCGCACAAACCAUCUGAUCGUCCCAGUUUCCGUACAAUUUACGCUACACUCGAAGAAAUUAUAGAUGAUUUAGAGAGGACUACAUAGCAUCCGGCCAUUUCCACGAGCAUUGGUCUCAGUGGAAUUGGCCUUGGUGUGCGAAUUAGUGCCAGUGUUAGUUCUAGUGGACAUGAUUCUACUAGUUUGUAUUCAGUGGUUGACGUGCCCGGUAUUAAAUAGAUACAUACUUCAAUCUUCAACCUUCAACCUUUAACCUUACUGUUUACGUGUGCAAUCCUCAAUGAAGUGUUGUGCUUCAAGUGUGGUUCAAGUGUCAAUUUAACUAACUGUGCACGCUCGUCCUCGUCCAAAAAUAAACUAUUUACUAUUGGUUCGUGGGGCGAGGCACGGCCAACAUGCAUUUAUAUUGAAUUGGAUUGAAUUGGAUUCAUGAUGAAUCUCACAAUGUGAUAUGAAUUAGUUACUCAGUCAGUACCAACCAGUAAUUAUUAUAAAGCAGGGAAAAGCUCAUUAUUUAGCUCUUAAAGAAAGAUUAAGCGAAUGAAAAUAAGAUAUCUCGUACGUGCAAAUGAAAUCGGUUAUUUUUAGCAUUCCAGUACGAAUUAUUCCUUCGUAGCGAUGUGGAGCUAGUGCUAAUUCAUACUGACUGGACUAAACUGGACUGGGCUAUAUUCAAUUCACAAUAGAACGCUUUGAGAAUACUAAAGUUCACAACUUUUAUCUAAAGAAAAUUUGCCAAAUAUUUUUUAAAAAUCGAUUUUACGUUAUUUAUUUUUUAUUUAUAUUUUAAAAGUAAUUUUUUUUAUUGUGAUUUUUACAAAUACGUUUUUAUGUUCUCUUAAAAUGUGGCUGUGGGUGUCUUGCUUUGACUCUGACUCUGACUUUGACUCGGAUUCGUUUAUUUAAGCGUAAUUAAAAUGUAGCGACAUAUUUUUUUAAACUAAUUGCUUUUUAAUCAAAUAUUAAAUUAGUUAUUUAUGAAAAUCUCUAGUCAGCAGAUACAGGUAGAUACAUAACAUUUUUUUUAAACUUCAAGUGCGGAUCCAGCCCUCAAAAAAGGUGAUGGACACGGCACAGCAUUCUAAAAUCGGCCAAAUGCGAAUCGGAGUAUGAACUCGCUCUUGAUCGGUAUAGUGCAUUCCUACAAAAGAAAUGUUUACAAAAUAUUUGACGCC